AUGAUUUCAUACCAAACCUCACUCCCUCCUCCUGACACAAUUAAUUCUCAACCAACUUAUUCAAAUACUCAGACAAACGAACAAGUCCAGCAAGAAAAUGGAAUAAUUCAUAAUCCAAACCCAUCGUACGAAUAUUCAAAUAAUACAACUCAACCAUCAAACUAUGUUCCUUAUCAACCAUCAAACUAUGUUCCUUAUCAACCAUCAAAUUAUGUUCCUUAUCAAUCACCCCAAUACUAUCAACAAACUCCAUCAUCCUUGCCAUCUUAUAAUCAGACAUUUACUACAUCAGAACCAAAAUACGAACAAGAAGUUCCUGUUGUAUUAUCCUCAUCUUCUGAAUCUGAUUCUGAACAAAGUAAGUGGUUUCAAUUUACAUUAACAUUUUUCUUUUUUGGAUUCUGCUUCAUUUUCUUCUGGAUUGCUUCUUUUGUGAUUUCUCGAAAAUCAAAUCAACCUUUUACGCGGGUAAUAGGGAUGGUUUCUAUAACAUUAUUUUUAAUAUCUUUUAUUUGGUGGAUCAUAUUCGUUACAUGCUUACUUUAA